AUGAAUAACCUUCGUACUAUAAGCGAACAGGUCGGUAACACCAUCCGUCCGUACGUCAUCCCCUUCGUUAUCAUCCUCGCUAUAGUCAUCCCCAUCAACCUCGCAUUUCAGUCCAACCGCGGCCUGCUCUCCAGUUGCUGGAGCAGCGGCGGAGGCUCGGCAGCGUCGUUUCCGUACCAGCCGGCAGCGUCGCUUCCGGACCAGCCGACAGCGUCUCUUUCGGAUCAGCCGGCAGCGCCUUCUCCGUACCAGCUGGCGGCUCCUCCUCCGUACCAGCCGGCAGCGCCUCCUCCGGACCAGCCGCUUAACCUCGGAUGGGCUCAGGCCGUGUUUCCCGGCAUGAACGGCAAUGACGCGGCCUUAAUUUGCCGUGCAGAGGAGGAUUACUGGGAGAACCUUGUGCUGAGACGGGAGGCGUGCAAUGGAACGCUUUACCCGCUACCCGAAACAAUGACAAAUAUGACCAUGAAAACGCUCCUUCUCAUCCCCACGUACUCGUGCCCGGCGAACGAGCGCAUUGGGAAGUGGGGGGACGGCGGAAAGUGGACUUGCCUUCUGCCAGGCGCCAUUCAGACGGACCCUGUGGUGUACAGCAUUGGCAGUUUCGGGCAGUACGAUUUUGAAGACGCCAUCUACAAGAUUCUGCACGUGCAGCCGCACACGUUCGACCCGUUUCUCCACCCCAGCACCGCCGCCCACAUGCAGACCGUCCCCUCCCUCAUCUUCCACCCCAUCGGCCUCUCUGCAAACUCCUCCCUCCAGUACAACCGCCAAAAGUUCUCUGGCGCUGAGUUCAUGACUCUGGGAGGGAUCAUGCAGCUGUUGAAUCAUACUUAUGUGGACAUUUUCAAGAUUGACUGCGAGGGGUGUGAGGAGGCGCUGAUUGCAGAGUUCGGGGAGGCGAAUGGGAACGCUUCUGCGCAACUGAGCUUGCACGGAGGGACGCUGCCGUUCGGGCAGAUCUUGAUCGAGAUUCACCAAACGAAUAAACCCGAGUCAAACCCCGGUCUGCUCUCCAGCGGCUGGCGCAGCGGGGAAGGCUCGGCAGCGUCUCUCCCGUACCAGCCGCCUAGCCUCGGAUGGGCUGCAUUUCUGUUUCCCAGCAUGAGCGGUAUUGACGCAGCCAUCUGCCGUGCAGAGGAGAAUUACUGGGAGAACCUUGUGCUGAGACGGAAGGCGUGCAAGGGAAUGCUGUACCCGCCACCUGUGCAGUACACACCCGUCUUGAUGAAGACUGUUUUGCUCAUCCCCACGUACCCAUGCCCCGCUAACGAGCGCAUUGGGGAGUGGGGGGACGGCGGAAAGUGGACCUGCAUGCUGCCAGGAGCCAUUCAGAAGGACCCUGUCGUGUACAGCAUUGGAAGCUUCGGGCAGUACUCAUUCGAAGAUUCUAUCUACAAACUUCUGCACGUGCAGCCGCACACGUUCGACCCGUUCCUCGUUCCCGCCACCGCCGCCCGCAUGCAGAACCUCUCCUCCCUCCACUUCCACCCCAUCGGCCUCUCGGCUGCCUCCGAGCUCCAAAACUACACCACCAAGUUCCCUACCAUGCAGUUCAUGACUCUGGAAGGGAUUAUGCAGCUGUUGAAUCAUACGUAUGUGGACGUUUUCAAGAUUGACUGCGAGGGGUGCGAGGAGGCGCUGAUUCCGGAAAUUGGGGAGGCGAAUGGGAAUGCAGCGGCGCAGUUGAGUGUGCACGGGGGAACGCUGCCGUUCGGACAAAUCUUGGUCGAGUUUCACAAGUGA